UCUUUAACUUCUAAGAGGGAGAUUGUCUUUUUGAUAACUCCGAGAGCAAUUUAAGGACAUACAUAAGGGUUGUUUUUUUCCUGUCGGCUGUGUCCUGUUCAUCUCCAAUCGGUUUCGGCCAGCAGCCAUGAAAAUAAGAGAAAUUUCUUGCAAAAGGCGAAAAACAGUGGAAUACGAUCAUUUGUUGGCUAAAAAUGAUAAUGGAGUCGAAUCUCCGAAAUGGCCUCUCCUCAUUCUCUUCCCGAUUCUCUACUGCGUUAGCUCGGACUCUUCAAUCUGCAAUUCAGUUUCGUCAUCGGCAACAACCUCUACAAGUUUAGCUUGACCUCUUCCCUUCCUAGGUUCCCUCAUGAAGUCCUCAGCGAAGAUGAGUACUUUCUAAUUCCGGAUAAUUAUGCACUUAAUAUGUCAAGAUGGGAGUUUUAUGUGUAAAGACUCAGUCUUUUUUUUUUUUUUUUUGAUCUUAAAGACUUUGUCUUUUGAUCUCUCGUGUUCUGUGAAUUGGCACCUGUUAAUGAAUUUUAAACAUGCUGGCGUAGAAUAAGUACAAUUUUGAGUGUUACAACUUACUAAGUGUUGAAAAUUUAGCUGUUGUUUGAUUGUGAUAUACACGGUUUCUUAUGCUGUUUAAUAGAAUGGAUUUUAUAAGCGAGGAAACAAUUACUGGUGAACGAAUUGGUCAUUACCAGUUCAAUUACUUCAUGUGCAUGACAGAUGAAAAGGAAUCCUCACAAUGGUGACAUUGUUAGAAUGUCAAGAACCAAUGAAAAGCAUAAUUUUUCACCCUCUGCGUCGGUCAUUUGUGAUUCUUCAUUCCUGAUUUUGUCUGACCUAUACUUUACUGGCAAUGCUGUGUAGUAGGGGCCAGAUUCAAUGGAGAUAUUAGGGACCUGCAGAUAACGCCAGUGUCUGAAAAUUUUAUUAUUUUUUAAUCAUUGUUAGUUUAGAGCAUAGCCUUCUAAGUUCUUACUUAAUGUAGACUUAAAAUUUUUUGGAACUAUUGUGUUUAUUGUGUGAAUUUGAGGUGUGUUUGCUCAUUCUUAGAUAGACAGCCUAAGACAUAGCAUGCUGUUCAGGAAUUGGAUUUUGUAUGAAUGAUAGUUCUGAAUGAUUUUGAAAGUUUUGCCUUAAUGAGAUUUAUGAGAAUUAAUAUCAUUUCAGUAUUGCUAGAUGUUACCUUUUUCUGUAUCUGUCAGCAGUUAUGUUAUAAAGGUCAUUUCCAUAA